CAUGGCGCCGCGGCGGUCAUUCAAGAUGCUGUCUCCUCUUCGGUUUACAGUAUAUCUUUUAAUAAGCGUGGUGCCUGGGUAUUCUUCCUCCACGCUCCGGGUUCACCAAAACGAGCGUUUCAUGUUGCCGCAAGACAGGGGGUUUUCGUGGGUCACCGCGAACGAAAAUCAGCUUGGGUCGAACAACGAGGCGACCGCACAAACGCUGCGCGAAGAGAGUGGAGACAGGACGGCUUCGGCUGCGCAUCAGCAUCGCAGUCGCAGGAGCGCUGCAGAGUCGCCCCUGCCGAAGGUGUACGGGAAGGCCAACCUGAAUGACUCACACAACCAGAUGGUGGUGCACUGGGCUGGAGAGAAGAGCAACGUGAUUGUAGCAUUAGCCAGAGACAGUGCAGGAGCCACAGGACCCAAGACCAGCUCGAUCUACGUCUCCUAUGACUACGGCACCAACUUCGCGCCCAUCUCAGACAAGUUCCAGCUGUCGGGCAAGAAGAAGGGGGCUAAGCAGGUCAUUGCCCAGUUCUACCACAGCCCUGCUGACAACAAGAGGUACCUCUUCGCAGACACCACCAAUGGCUACCUGUGGAACACCUUCGAUUUCUGCAAGACCAUCCAGGGCUUUGCCCCGCCUUUCAAGCCCACAGAUCUCGUGCUUCACAGCACCAGGCCAAAUCUGUUGCUGGGAUACGACAGCUCUCACCCCAAUAAGCAGCUGUGGAAGUCGGAUGACUUUGGCGAGACGUGGGUGUUGAUCCAAGAACAUGUCAAGUCAUACUUUUGGGGCGUGGAGCCGUACGACCCUCCCACCACGGUGCUGCUGCAGAGGCACGAGCCCCAGGGAGUGUCCACCAUCCUCAGCAGCACCGACUUCUUCCAGAGCGAGCAGAGCCGGCACGUCAUCCUGGAGCGCGCAGACAGCUUCCAGCUCCGCGACAAGUACAUGUUCGCCACCACCACCGCCUCGCCUCCACAGGAAGGGCAAAACCAGAACCCCUCCCCCGUCCAGCUGUGGGUGUCCUACAACCGCCAGCCAAUGCGUGCUGCCCGCUUUAUGACCCGCCACCCCAUCACUGAGUACUACAUCGCCGACGCCUCCGAGGAGCAGGUGUUUGUGUGUGUUAAUCACAGCAACAACGUCACGCACCUGUACAUCUCUGACACCGAAGGCCUGUCCUUCUCCCUGUCUCUGGAGAACGUGCUGUACUACAGCCCUGAGGGCUCAGGAAGCAGCACGCUGAUCAGGUACUUUGCCAGCGAGCCCUUUGCAGACCUGCAUCGUGUAGAGGGCCUGAGGGGCGUGUUUGUGGCCACUCUGAUUAACGGCUCUCUGAGUGAGGACAACAUGCGCUCCGUCAUCACCUUCGACAAGGGCGGCACCUGGGAGCUGCUGACCCCGCCCACUGCUGACAGCCUGGGCGGGACCAUAGACUGCCAGCUGUCCAGGGCGUGCUCGCUGCACCUGGCCCAGCGCUGGAGUCAGCUGCUGAACAUCCAGCUGCGUCGCAUACCCAUCCUGUCCAAGGAGUCUGCACCAGGCCUCAUCAUGGCCACAGGGUCUGUUGGGCGGAGUCUGGCCAAUAAGCCCAAUGUGUACGUGUCCAGCAGUGCUGGGGUCCGCUGGAGAGAGGCGCUGGCAGGACCCCAUUUCUAUACGUGGGGAGACCACGGGGGGAUUCUGAUGGCCAUCCCACAGGGGGGGUCCACCACCCAGCUCAAGUUCAGCACCAACGAGGGCGAGACGUGGACUCCGUUCCAGUUCUCCUCGCGGGAGGUGUUUGUGUACCAGCUGCUGACGGAGCCGGGGGAGAAGAGCACCAUCUUCACCGUGUUCGGCUCCUACGCCGACCACUGGCACAGCUGGCUCAUCCUGCAGAUCAACGCCAGCGACGUGCUGGGCGUGCCGUGUGCAGAGGGAGAUUACAAGCGCUGGUCUCCCUCAGACGAGCGUGGCAGCGCCUGCCUCCUGGGCAGGGAGAUGGUGUUCAAACGCCGCUCCCCACACGCCACCUGCUUCAACGGAGAGGACUUUGACCGGCCGGUCACCGUCACCAACUGCUCCUGCACACGCCAGGACUAUGAGUGUGACUACGGCUUUAAGCUGAGUGAAGACCUGUCUCUGGAGGUGUGUGUUCCCGACCCAGAGUUCUCAGGCAGUCUCUACGCCCCCCCGGUACCCUGCCCUGUAGGAACCACUUACCGCCGCAGCAAAGGGUACAGGAAGGUGUCGGGGGACAGCUGCAGCGGGGGUGAUGUGGAGGCCCGGCUGGAUGGAGAGAUGCUCCCCUGCCCUGUAGGAGAGAGUAAUGAGUUCAUCUUGUACGCCGUGCGUAACUCCAUCCAUCGCUACGACCUGGCCACUGGCACAGACACGCCCCUGCCCCUGUCGGGACUGCGUGAGGCCGUCGCCCUGGACUUCGACUACGAGAGGAACUGCCUUUACUGGGCUGAUAUCGCCCUGGACACCAUACAGAGACUGUGUCUGAAUGGCAGCUCUGGACAGGAAAUAAUCGUGAGGAGGGGCCUGCAGAAUGUGGAGGCCCUGACCUUUGACCCCGUCAGCAGGCUUCUCUAUUGGGUGGAUGCCGGAGCUCAAAAGAUUGAGGUGGCUAACGCUGACGGAGACCUGAGACGCACUCUGCUGAACUCCUCAGUGCUGGAACAUCCCAGAGCCCUGGCCCUCAUCCCUGCUGAGAGCCUGAUGUUCUGGACGGACUGGGGGGACCGGGCGGCGGGGGUGUACCGGGGCUGGAUGGACGGCUCCAACGCCUCCUGCAUCGCGUCCGAGGGCGUGCGCUGGCCCAACGGCAUCGCCGCCGACGACCGCUGGCUGUACUGGACGGAGGCGUUCGGGGAUCGCAUCGAGAGAGCCGACUUCAGCGGGGGCCAGCGCAGUGUGGUGCUGGCCGGCCUGCCCCACCCCUACGCCAUCGCCGUCUUUAAGAAUGACAUCUAUUGGGAUGACUGGUCACGGAUGGGAAUCUUCAAGGCCCCCAAAUCCGGCUCCCUAGAUAGUGAGCUGCUCGUAGGCCGGCUGACUGGAGUGAUGGACCUCAAGAUCUUCUACAAGGGAAAAACGAAAGGUCAUAACGCCUGUGCCAGUCAGCCCUGCAGCCUGCUGUGUCUGCCCCAGCCGGGUCAGCGCCAUACCUGUGUGUGUCCAGAGGGGGCGCCCACCACCCUCCUGCCCUCGGGGGAGGUGCAGUGCCAGUGCCCGACGGGAUACCACCUGCGCAACAACACCUGCGUGAAGUCAGAGCACACCUGCCUGCCCAACCAGUACCGCUGUGCCAACGGAAAGUGCAUCAGCAGCAUCUGGAAGUGCGACAGCGACAACGACUGUGGAGACAUGAGCGAUGAGCUGGAGUGCCCCACCACGUCAUGUGACCCGGCGGUGCAGUUCCGCUGCGUGGUGUCGGGCUCCUGCAUCCCGCUGGCCUUCCGGUGCGACCAUGAGGAUGACUGUGGUGACAACAGUGACGAAGAGCACUGUGAGAGUCACCAGUGUGGGCAGGGGGAGUUCACGUGUGCGCGGGGUGUGUGUAUCCGGGACGCCUGGCGCUGCGAUGGAGACAACGACUGCAGGGAUUGGUCUGAUGAGGUCAACUGCACCGUGGGCCACCACACCUGUGAGUCGAGCAGUUUCCAGUGCCACACGGGUCACUGCAUCCCCCAGCGCUGGGUGUGUGACGGGGACGAUGACUGCCAGGACGGCUCUGACGAGGAGCCAACACACUGCGGAGGAGAGCGCUGUAACGGGUUCCUGUGCUCCAACGGCACCUGCCUGCACUCCAGCGCUCACUGCAACGGCGUGAAGGACUGCCCAGGGGGCGCUGACGAGCAGCACUGCGACCCUCUGUGCACGCGCUACAUGGAGUUUGUGUGCCGCAGCCGCACGCAGUGUCUGUUCCAGUCGCUGGUGUGCGACGGCGUGCGGCACUGCGAGGACGGCUCGGACGAGGACACGGCCUACGCCGGAUGCCCCACCAGACCGGAAUUCGAGAAGACGUGCGACGCCUACACCUUCCAGUGCUCCAACGGCGUGUGUGUGAGCCUGGAGUGGAAGUGCGACGGCAUGGACGACUGUGGAGACUACUCCGAUGAGGCCAACUGCGGUGUGACCACAGACGUGCCAGGCUGUACGCGGUACUAUCAGUACGAGUGUGCUAACGGCCGCUGUGUGCCCACCUGGUGGAAGUGUGACGGAGAGAACGACUGUGGAGACUGGUCUGAGGAGUCCUACUGCACAGGCAGGGUGACGCCCCACACUCCGUCCUCCACCCCGGGGUCCUGCUCCCCCGACCACUUCCACUGCGGCUCGGGCGCCUGCAUCAUCCGGGCGUGGGUGUGUGACGGGUACGCGGACUGCCCCGACGGCUCCGACGAGCUGGGCUGCCCCACGGGCUCCAAUGGGACAGUGACCCAGGCUGCCCCACCCACUGCCACCCCCACGUUGCCCCUCCCCCCCGGCCGCUGUAACAAGGGGCAGUUUCCGUGCCAACGCCCCCCUGUGUGCAUCCCGGACUGGCAGCGCUGCGAUGGCAAGCCACACUGUCACGACGGCUCUGACGAGGCGCACUGCCCCACCCGCGGGCCGCUGUCCUGCGUGAACGGCACUCUGUGCGCCGACAUGGAGGCCUGCGUGACGGACGGCGAGCGCUGCGACGGCUUCAUGGACUGCUCCGACCACAGCGACGAGGACAACUGCACCGCCGACACCCUGGUCUAUAAGAUCCAGAACCUGCACUGGAGUUCUGACUUCUCUGGCGCUGUUACCCUCACUUGGUCCCGACCCAAAAACCUGCCCCUAUCCUCCUGCUACUUCCUGGUCUAUUACAGGCUGGUUGGCGCUCAGCAGUGGACCCUCAUGGAGACACACAGUGUGAAGAGCAGCUGCACUCUGAUGGUGUUGAAGCCUGACACCACCUACCAGGUCAAGGUGCAGACACAGUGUCUCAACAAAUUGCACAAAACCAACGAGGUCCUGACACUCCGCACGCCCGAGGGAUUGCCGGACCCCCCCAGGGACCUGCAGCUCUCAUGUGACAAAGGGGAGGAUGGCACAGUGGUUUGCUCCUGGAACCCCCCCGAUAAAGCGCAUGGUUUGAUCCGGGAGUAUCUUGUGGAGUACAGUCAGACGGGCAGUGCGGAAUGGACCUCACAACGCAGCGGCACCACCACAGCGGAGAUCCACAACCUGCAACCUAGCGCCCUCUACAGGUUCCGGGUGGCAGCCGUGACUGGCCGGGGGGUGGGGAACUGGACGGAGAUUAAAAGCAUCACCCCACAGAAAGCUCUACCUCCCCCAUCUGUUGCUCUGGAGAAAGUUACAGACAACUCUGUUAGUCUCACGUUCAGUUUCAACCCGCAGUAUGAGGUGAAGCAGUAUAUGGUGGUGCUGUCCUGGGCGUUUGACGCUCAUGUUAAAGAGAGCUGGAAUUACACUGUGCAGGGGAAGAUUCUGAAAGUGAGUAACCUGACAGCAGGCACGUUGUAUGAGCUGGCUGUGUGGGCCCACACCAGUGUGGGGGACAGCCCCACCGCCCUGUCCCACCUGCAGACAAACGGCUCUCAGCCCGCCCCUCCCUUCCUGAAGGCCCGCCCCCUCAACCAGACCGCUGUGGACUGCAGCUGGACCGGUGCCCACGCAGAGGUGUAUGGCGUGUUCUUCGCUCCCUCCUUCCUGGAGCUCUACCGCGACCCUCGCAGUCAGAACUGCAGUGGCAGCAGUGCCAUCGUCACCGUGGACACCGACGCACAGUACCUCUUCCUGGUGCGGGCUAUCGCGCCCUACCUCGGCCCCCCCUCGGAGUACACGGUGGUGAAGAUGAUCCCCGACAACCGGCUGCCCCCCCGUAACCUGCACAAAGUGGGGGUGGAGAAGACCCAGGCCACGCUCAAGUGGCAGCCCCCCUACGACACCCCCAGCGCCCCACUGACGUACGUGGUGCACGUCCGCGACGCGCUGCGUAAGACGGAGCGCAGCUACAAGCUCAGCACGCCCAACAACACGGUGGAGUACUGCCUGAAGGGCCUGGAGCCGGGCGGCCGCUACAGCGUUAGCGUCAGGCUGCGCAACAUGAGCAAGGAGGCCAGCUACACGCUCAGCACAGUUCCUCUGCCAGCACCAGAUGCGCUGAAGAUAUUGACAGAAAACGAUCAUGUCUUCCUGUUCUGGAAGAGUCUGGCGGUGAAGGAGCAGAGCUUCAAUGAGAGUCGGGGCUAUGAGAUCCACAUGCAUGACAGUGUGACCAACUCCACCUCCUUCCUGGGUAACACCACUGACACAUUCUUCAGGAUCAACAGCCUGCAUUUGGGGCACAACUACACCUUCUCUGUGCAGGCCCAGUGCCUGCUGAACACACAGCUGUGUGGGGAGCCAGCCCUGCUGCAGUACACUGACCUGGGCACUGGUCCAGGCGGUGACUCAGCGUCGCGCUCAGACUCAGGGCCCACGGCGGUGGUGGUGGUGCCGGUGAUGCUGCUGCUGCUGCUGGCUCUGUGCGCGGGGCUGCUGGCCCUGUACCUCAGACACCGCCGCCUGCAGCACAACUUCACCGCCUUCGCUAACAGCCACUACAACUCCCGCCUCGGCUCCGCCAUCUUCUCCUCCGGGGACGAGCUGGGUGCGGCUGCCCUCCCGUACACCCUCACCCCCCUCCCAUUCUCCCUCACACACACCCACACCUCCCCCUCACACCCAGCUCUCUCCAUUACCUUACACUGUUUUUUAUUUGGCAGGCACUUUUAUCCAAACAAAAGUGCACACCGAAGGUCAUUGGAACAUAAACAAACAAACAAACACAGGUCAAAUGAAGUGCAAUUCUGUGUAAAGUAGCAGCUGCCCAUAGCCAUGAAUAUCACGAACUCUCGACCCCCCUCCCCUCCACACCCACACCUGUGUCUUUUUGUUCUUGUCAUUUUCUUUUUCUUUUUAAGGUUCUGGUCUGUGCUCCACAUGUUAUCUGUCUCGGGAGUGUGGCACUGAGAACACAUUUCAUGUAUUUCUUUUUAAACAUGACUAAUAAAUGAAUGUUUCUGCUAUCUACAUCCAUCUUCAGCCCUUCUCCCCGCUCCACCUCCUCAUACGGCUGUCCUCCAUCCCACACUGCUCUCCUCUCCUCACCUGGAGUUUGGCAGCCCGGUGGAGUAAGUUGCUGACGGAGCUGUA